AUGUCACAUACAAAGCCGAGGAGAAAGCAACCAGGAGGAACACAUUCAGGUUUAUUCCAGAAGCUGCUGCCGACAAUGAUGAAAAGUUUUCCUACUAUUUUCUGCCUGGCUCUUUCAGUUAGCAUCUCUCAGCCCCCUUUUGCUGAAAGCAAGAGGCUACAUUUUGGGCAAUGCUCAUUGACCGCGAACUUACAAGAGAUUCAAGAUUACUUCUCAGAAAUAAAGCACAUUAUUCAAGCAGAAGAUACCAUUACUGACACCAGGUUUCUGACUGAAUCUAUUUUUCACGGCAUUCAGGCAGAGGAGAGCUGCUGUUUUUUGCGCCACUUGUUGAGAUUCUAUGUGGAGACUGUCUUCAAACAUCACACUCCAUCCAGCUCCCUCAUCGAGAGGAGGACCAGUAGCUUGGCCAACUCCUUCCUCAGCAUCAAGCGAGAUCUUCGGCAGUGUGUAAGUAACAAGGAUUGGAGCCUUCAAGUAUUAGAGGUUCUGACUUUAUUUUAG